AUGGAUGAAUUAGGGGAAAAUUGUGCAGAAAAAGAAAAAAAUAAUAAAUUAUACUUUUAUUAUGAAAAUAAAUUAAAUUUAUAUAAUGAUAAUUUGUUUGAAAAUAUAAUUAAUAAUACAAACAAAGAUUUUGAUUUUAGUGAUAAAAAUUCGAGAAAGCUAAUGACUAAUAUAAGUUUAACAAAAAGUAGUAAUGAUUUAUUCAACAUUCGCUUAUUAGAGGGUGAAAAAAAUGAUAUAGUAUAUAAAAUGAAAAAUAACAACAGUAAUAUUAGUAACAAUAAUAAUAAUAAUAAUAAUAUAUAUUUAAAAGAGAGCAAGGGCAGCGAUAAACCAAAUUUGCAAAAUAACCCUGAUAAUUUAUUAAAAAAUAGCAACAAUAAUAAUAAUGAGUAUAUGUUCAACUAUUUAAAUGUAUAUAUAAAUAAAAAAAUAAAAAACAAGCCAGGCGAUAAUAAUACUAACAAUAUCAACCCAAGUGUUAAUAAUACCAACUCAGUUACUGAGGCAAACAAUAUAAUGAACAAUAAAGACGUUCCCAAAAUAAUACACACCAAGAUUAACGAUGUUAGUAAUUUUGGAAAUGUUAAAAAUACAAUUUUUGAUGAAAAUAAUACUGUUAAAGAGACAGGCACAUUAGUAUCGGGGAUAUAUAAAGUUAAUUCUUACCAAAAAGAUAAAAGCAAUAAUAAUAAUGCAAAUGAUAGCAACACAAAUAAUGGCAACACAAAUAAUGGCAACACAAAUAAUGGCAAUGUGAAUACACUUUUAAAUGUGCGCGCUGUUCCCAGCACUUGUGAUAGUAGCGUUAAUUUUGAUUGUAAUAAAAUAUGCCCAUUUGAUGAUAUAGAGAAAAAUCAUGAAAUGAGAGAAAAUAAUAAUGAACAAACUAUAAAAUGUUUUAAUAGCGAUACAUAUUUUACUAAUGAAAUGGAUAUAAAUAAAAUGGCAAAUAUUAAAAAUAGUGAUAAAAUUUGCAAUUUUAUAAAUUGCUCAAAUGAUGUAAAAAAAAAUGUAAUGAUAAAUCCUGAUCUUCAGGAAAAAAUAAAUUUAAUUACUACUGAUAAAAAAAAUGGUGAUAAAAUAUUAUGCCAAGAUGAAAAUAAAAUAUAUAAAAAUUUUCGUUUUCCUCAAUCUGCUAAUAUUAAUAUAGAUGGAAAAAAUGUAACAAAACAAAGUCAAAACAUUAAUUCACAAGAUUGUGAAAAUAAUGUUAUAACAUUAAAAAAAAAUAAUGUAAACAAUAUAAAUAAUAUAAAUAUAAAUAUAAAUGAUAUAAAUGAUAAUCCAACAAAGUUUGUAAGUAGUGACCAUACCAGUGAUAAUAACCUUACCAAUAAUACAGACAAAAAAAUACAAAAUAAUAAUAUCAGCUCUUAUUUUACGAACACAGGUAUUAACAACCCCCCUCCUUUAACACAAAAAGAUAAACUUCAAAGAAUAGAAGAUAAGGAAAAUUACAAAAGUUUUCUCAAUGUUAUAAAUAAAAGAAUGGAAAAUUUUGCUAGAGCUAAAAAUAUGACUAAUGCAGAAAAUUUAUACAAAAAACCUGACUGUUCAGAAAAAGAUGGAAAUAUUUCUACUCGCCAUGAAGAAAUUGAUAAGGAAAAAAUAGAAAAUACAAAUAAACAUAAUAACAAUGAAAUAAAUAAAAAUAACUGCACAUUAAAUGGUAGUAAAAAGGGUAGUUGUAAUAAUAGUCGUAGUAGUAGUAUUGAGAAUGAUAAUAAUGGGAAGAAUACAAAUUUAGAUGGCUCUAAAAUUAUUUAUGAUCAACACAAAUUGAACAAUAUUCAAUCAGAAAAUUCUUCUAUGAAAUCAUUAGAAAGAUAUACACAAAUCUAUCCAUAUUCAGAAGGUGUCGAAACAAAUAUAUCCAAUAAUAAUAAUUCUACCUCAAAUAUGGAAGCAUUAAAUAAUACAUAUAUUUUCUCAUCUCCAAAAUCAGCUAAUUAUAAUAAUAGUCAAUUUAAAAGAAUUCAUGAUAACAAUAGAUUCAAUAAUAACACAUGUAAUCAAAUAUUAUCAAAUAUUAAUUAUAAAGAUAAUAUGUAUAAUAGUAAUUUAAAUAUGAUUGAAGAGGAAAUGAAAAGAGAAAAACCAUUAUCUAAUAAAAACCAAAUAAAUAUAAUUCAUCAAAAUAAUUUAACCAAUUAUAUAGCAUGUUCUGAUAUUAAUAUGAGUAAUGACAAUAAUAUUGGCCCAACAAAUAGCCAAAAUAAAAAAAUUAUAUAUAAAGAUGAAUUUAAUGUAAAUAAAGGUAAUCUUAUUGACAGUAUUAAUAAUGGAGCAAUUUUUAACAAUUCUGAUAAUUAUGGAAAUGGAGAAAAUUGCUAUAACUCUAGUAAAGAAUAUUUUAUCAAUGAAAAUAUUAACAACGCAAUGUUUAAUGAUGAUUAUUUAAUGACUUGUUCAGGAAAAAAAGAUCCUCUUGAUAUUGAAGAUGGAAUAAGAGAUGAAAAUAAUUUUGUAAAUUCUGAUGAAUUUUUUACUAAUCCUCAUGGUGGAGAAAUUCGAAUAAAAGAUUCUCAAUUAUUUGGAAAUAAAAUAUAUCCAAUUAUGAACAGUACAUAUCGAUAUAAUAAUACCCCAACUUCUAAAGAAAAUGUUAUUGGAAUUCAUAAUAGUACCAAUGAUAAUUUAUUUUGCCUGAACAGCAAUAAACAAUGUGGUCAAAUAAAAAACUAUAAUAAUAAUAGUACAACCAUGGAAACAACUGAUUCGUUUAAUAAUAUUUCAUCCGUUGGUUCUAAAUAUAAUUUUUUAACUGAAUUAUCCAAACAGCCAAACAAUAGCAAUAGUAAUAAUAAUAAUAACGACACAAAUAUAAAUUCAACAUUAAGUGCAUUUAACGAUUGUGGGAAGGACGGAAAAGGCAAUCGGAGUAAUAGCGGGAAUUGUGCAUUUGGUGAUCGAUAUUAUUCACAGCCAAAUUAUGAUAAUAAUAAGAGUGCAUUAAAAAAUGUUAAACAUUGCGAUAAAAGCGUUUUAAAAAGUGUCGAUAAAAAUGUGCAACACAAAAAUUAUCAUCAUAAAAAUUUUCAUAAAAAAUUUCAUGAAGAUUUACCACAUUCGGAUCAUUAUAAUUUAGUUAAUUCAAUUUCAAGUCCUAAUAUUUUCAGUAAUGUAAUAAAUACAAAUUAUUUCGGAACCCAAAUUGGAGAAUUAAAAAAAGAAAAGCUUAGUGAUAUAACGACCGAAUAUAAUAAAAUACCUAAUAAUAUAAUUUCUACAUCAGAUGAAAUGUCUAUAUAUACCCAAAGCGAUCGAAUUAUAAAUGAGUUUGCUAUAGACAACAAUAAUAAUAUUGAAAAAAAUACAAACACAAAUGAACAAAUUUUACAAAAAAAAACUAAAAAAAAAUACUUAUUUAAUGUUAACGGGGCAGAAAAUAAUAGUAGUGUUCGAGGAUGUAGCAAUAAAAGAUGUUUUAGUAAUAGUGUUGAUGGGGGUAGUAUGAAAAGUGUUGAUAGUGGUAGAAGCAUUUGUAGCAAAUUAGAAGGAGGAAUAGCCACAAUAUCAUCAAGAAACGAUUAUAAUAAUAAUAACAACAUAAUAGAUGAUAAAAUAAAUGGAUAUCAUCAUAUUACAUCUUUUACAACACACAAUAAUAUAUUGAGCAAUAUAUCUGAAGAGCAAGGUACAGGAUGCUCUACUACAUGUAACAGUGAUAUUGGCAAUUCUAUACACAUUUUUAAUAAUAAUAAUGCUAUAGAUAAAAAUUCUGGAGGUAAUAAAGGUCACUAUAUUUCAAACAUAUAUUAUGAUCAAAAUUUAAAAUCAGAAGAAGAUGGUACAUAUCCAAAAUGUAAUAAAGAUAUAAAUACGAUAUUUUGCAAUACUAGAGAAAAUAAUAAUUCGAUGAAAAAAAAUAUAAAAAGUAAUGUUAAAACAUAUUUUAUUUUAGACAAAAAAGAAGAAAAUAUAAAUUUAACUCAAAAUAGUAGAUCUAAUAUAAUUCAUAUUGAAAAUAAUAAUGAUACAUCUAGAACUGCUAUAAAAAAAGAGACACCCUUUAAUGAAUUAACUUCUUCAAGUGUUCACACAUAUAAUGAAAUGCAUACUAGAAAUCUUGAAUACAUACCACCUGAUAAUAGGCUCAGAAUAAAUAAUAAUAAUAGUAGCAAUAAUAGUAGCAAUAAUAGUAGCAAUAACAAUAAUAGUAGUAGCAAUAGUAACAAUACUAAACAAGUUAAUCUAACAAUUGAUGCUAAUUCGACUGCAAAUUUUUCAAAUGUGAACCAUAUUAAUAAUCCGGGCUGUGGUCAAGAUGCUCUUCAAUAUCCUUCCAAUAUGUUUAUAACAAAUAGCAAUGCAUCUAAUAAUAAUGUAAAUGAAAAUAACAAACAUUGUGUGAACCCUACUAGAAUAGGAAUUAACAGAAUCGAUGAGAUAAAUUAUUCAAAUUGGGGGGAAAAGGGUAGUGGAAUUGUAAAAGGAAUGGAAAUGAAUAAAUAUCCAUUUAAAAAUUCGAUACAUAUAGAUGAUGAUAAUAAUAAUAAUAAAAAUAACCAAAUUAAUUAUAUGAACAUAUUACAUGAAUCAAUUAAAUAUUCAACUAACAAUAAACAAGAUGCAUAUACAAAUAAAUAUGUAGAUAUGAAAAUAAAAAAUAUGGACGAAAAUAUGAAUGUGGAUUAUAUCAACAGACAGUUUGUUAAUAAUAACACUACUUUAAAAAAUACAUUAUGUAAUAAUAAUGAAUCUAAUUUAGUUAUUAAUACAAAUUAUUUAUUUCAAGGAAAUGGAAAUAUAAUUAAAAAUAUACAUCUUGGAACAAAUGAAUAUAACAUUGAAAUGCCAGGAAAGGUAGACCAUCAUCCUGUUACAGUUUCAGGAAUGAAUACCAAAAUUGCUAAUACUAUAAAAGAAAACAAAAAUAUUAUAUCAAAUAAAAAUGUCGGUGCAGCCAAAAAUGUCGGGGCAAAUAAACUAAUGCACAACUUUAAUUUUAACCUAAUAGAAGGAAAUAACAUUGAUAACAACAAUUCUAAAGUAAACAAUUUGGUGACAUUCAAACGGAAUAAUGAUUCUAACAAUUUAUUGGAAAAUAAUGAAAAACAAAAUAUCAAAAUAAGUCAUCCUAAUCAAGAUACUAACAAUUCUGAAACACAUAUUAAUAAUCAAAAUAAAAUAUAUUUAGAAACAAAUUUGAAAGGAAUAAAUAUGAAUACUAAUGGGACUGUUAAUCGAAACACAGUAGCAAAUUAUAAAGUUAAUAAUAUUCUUAUAAAUGAUAAAUUAAAGAAUAUAUUAUUAAGCAAAAAUUUUGAUCAUUUUUUAAUAGAAAAUGAGAAUAAAAUUGGUAUUCGAAACUCUAUUAAUAAUUCUUAUUCCAACACUGGAAAUGUUAAUCAUAAUAAUAAUGCGGGACGAACUGUUGGUGCAAAUGGAAAUUGUACAUCUAAUGAAAAUUGUACACCAAAUGGUACUAACAUUGGUGUUCUAAAAGAUUCUAAUAUAUUAUCUGGAAAUAUGAUUCCAAAGUUAAAGGAAUCAUAUAAUUAUUAUUCACAUUUUAAAUCUCAGAUUCCUUCUAAUAAUAAUGUAAUAAAUAAAAAAAUAACAGAAAAUACAGAAAUUUCAGAAAAUACCGAAAAUAAUAAAAUACAAGGUAUAAAUCGAAUUUAUAAUAACUAUAUUGGGCAAGGAAAUACAAAAGAAAAUAUUCCAAUGAAUGUUAAUAAAGAAUAUAGUAAUAAACAUAUAUCAGAUAUAAAUAAAUCUAUAUUUUUUUCUCAAAAUGCUAAUAAUAGUUUAAAUUAUAUAGAAUCUGUAUAUAAUAUAUAUCCUUCAUCCCUUUUAAAUUCAAAAAAUAAAAUAAGAAGAGAUGGAAAAACAUGUGGUACUAACUUGAACGAUAAUCUUAUUAAUAUGCAUAAUCAACAACGUCAAAUUUAUCAAAUUGAAAAUGAAAAUAAAUAUUAUAAUAAUAUUAAUAUUCAAGAAGGAAUUAAUAAAAAGAUAGCUAAUCUUAAUUUUCAAGAUAUUCUAAUAUAUAAGCAAAAUAAUUUAAAUAUAGAUCAAAUUAAUAAAAAAAAAUAUGAUUCAAAUUUUAAUAAUUAUCUAAAUUCUACUGCUAUAACAUCUAUAAGUAAUAAAAAUAUUCCUAGACAAUUUACAAACGCCAAAAUAUCAAACACACUUAUUAAUGAUAUAAAUAAUAAUAGAAACAUAAUUAACAAAUCUCACAAUAAUUUACAAACUGUAGAAAAUACAAAUAAAACUAGAAUUAAAGAAAAUGAAUUAUUUUCAUCAAUUAAUGUAUCUCCAAAAACUUCAUGUAAUGAUAUCCAUAUUUCACAUCAAGGAAAUUUUCAAGAAAAAAGACCAAUAAUAUAUGGAGAUACUAGAAUCCAAAAAGAAAAAAAAAAUACUUUAUUAGGAACUGGAAAUAAAAAUUCUGUUCAUAUUUCAUGUGUUAGUGGAGUUAUAGAAAAUAAUAAUAUGUCACCAAUGUAUUCAAAUUUACCAAACUCAAAUUCGUAUUUUCAAAAUAGAGGAGAACCCACUAAAGGUACCAUUUCGUAUACCCCCCUCCACAAUAAUAACAAUAGUAAUAGUAACAAUAGUAAUAGCAAUAGCAAUGGCAAUGGCAAUAGCAAUGGCAAUAGCAAUAAUGACAUGAACAGUCAGGCAGUUGUGGGAAUAAAAAAUGAAAAUAAGCUAAUUAAUAAUGGAAAGGGACUAGCCGUUUCGAGUAAUCAUAAUAAAAGAAUAGAUCAAACUGAUGAUAAAAAAAUCGAAAAUAUUUGUAAUAACAAAAAAGAAGGAGUAAUAAUGCAUGAUAUAAAUAAAAAUAAAGUUUAUGAUAUAUUUUUGUGUAAUAAAAAAAAUUAUAUUUCAAACAAUAACAAUAAUUUAUAUACCAGUUUAAAUAACAAUAAUAAUAACAUGCGAAGUACCAUUCAAAAUGCAGAAUAUUUUUAUUCUAAAAUGAUACAAAAUAAUAAUUUGGCUAAAUAUAAUGGCGAAUUAAUAAAAGCUACUGAUAGAAAUGAUGUUAUAAAUGGAGGCGAUGCGAAUGCUAUUUCCCCACCUGGAACAUCACUACCCAAUAAUUCUCCAAAUUUAACAAAAAAAGAAAUGGAAAUUUUUAAUAAUAAUUGUAUAAAUGAAAAAGAUUUAAACUAUUAUAAAAAUAUUAAUUAUAAAAAUAUGGAUGUUGAUAAUUAUGUUUUAUAUCAUCAACAAGAAAAAGAAAUUUCAGAAAAAUACCACAAAAAUAGAAAUUAUAUAUCUAACGAUAAUAAUAUAAAAAUCGAAUCCACACAAAAACAGACUAAUGAUCAUAAUUCUCAUAUCCUUCGAAAUAUCAAUAUGAAUGCAAAUAUCACAAAUAACAAUAAUCUUAUAAUGAAUAAAGGAGUUAUAAAAAAUUUGGGAAAUAUUACAGAUAAAUCAGUGAAUUAUUUUAGUGGAAAUCGGUAUUAUUAUAUGAAUGAAAUUCAACCACAACCAAUUAUCGGUAAUAAAUAUGAACAACAUAAUAAUGAAAAUAAUUCUAAUAUAGGAGGUGGAACUGUUUUAAAUACAAUUGGAAAUAAUAAUAAAAAAGAAGAAUGUGAUGAAAAUGUUUUUAGAAUAUCUAAAAGUCAAUUUAUUAGUCUUGAAAAAGAUAUAAAAUAUCUACAAUCAUUAACAUUACAUAAUAUCAAUUCAAAAGAUUUAUAUUUUGAAGCAUAUGAAGAAAAAGAAAUAUUUCCAUAUGACCAUAACGGAAUUGAAUCAAAUACAAAUUAUUAUUUUAAAAACAGCGAAAAUAAUAAUAAUAAUAAUAAUGAUUAUAUUUUUAUAAAUGACCAUGGAAUGAAUGAGUCCAAACUAUUUAAUAAUAAAUCUGGUAAUGAUAUUUCUAAUAAUGAAUCUGGAGGGUGUGUAAAAAAAGAAAUGAAAAAAACCAAGGUAUAUACAAAUAAAUUAAAUACCUCAUUAAAAUAUAAUGUUAUAGAAGAAGGCUCAUUUGGUGUUGUAUAUAAAGGAUGGUAUAAAAAUAUGCAUGUAGCAGUAAAAGUUCCAGUUGAAAAAAUGGUAAAACAAGAUCCUUAUGGAUUAACAAAAAGAUCAAUAAAUGAAUGGAAAAUAUUAUCAAAAUGUGAACAUCCCAAUAUUAUAAAAUUAUAUGGUGGUAUUAUACAUAGUUAUUUUGAUAUUUGGCUAGUUACAAAAUUAAUAAAUGGUUCUGAUUUACAUACAAUAAAAAAUAAUAUGAAUAAAGAAGAAAAAGUACUAAGUGUAGAUAUAUCACUAAAAAUGUGUAGACAACUAGCUGCUGUUAUUAAUUUUUUACAUACACCAAUUAAAAAUAAAAAAAAUGUUAUAAUACAUAGAGAUAUAAAACCUGAAAAUCUAAUUAUAGAUAGUGAUUGGAAUAUACAUUUAUGUGAUUUUGGGGAUUCAGAAGAAACAGAAGAUGGAAAUGUAUCAAAUGUAUCCGGAGCUACUUGGAUAUAUGCCCCUCCAGAAUUAUUAACAUGUCAUCCAUUAAAACAAAGUAAUGAUUAUAAUUUUUUAGAUUAUGCUCAACUAUCAUAUAAAUGGGAUAUAUGGUCAAUGGGUUGUGUUUUUCAAGAAAUGAUGAAUUUACCAUCCCCUUUUCAACAUUAUAUUAUUUCUUUUGAUGAGUCAGAUCAAAUAUAUGAAAAACUUGUUGAUGUUUUUACAAAGAAAUUACCACCUUGUAUCCAUUCAAAAAUUGAUAAUUCACCAUUCGCUGAUAUUAUUAAGUUAUGUUUAAAUUACGACCCAAAUUUAAGACCAACAGCUAAAGAAAUCGUUGAUUUACUCAAUCAGCCAAAUGAGUAUUUGCUCCUUAAGAGAAGGUAG